AUGUUAAUAUUGGUAAAGACACCAACAAUCACAUUCAGUUUGGAUGUGCAGCCAGAGGACUCUACAGAGGUGCUCUACAAUAAAGUUGGAGAGAGAACAGAGUACAAACGAUUCCAAUUCGAGUUGUUGUUUGCUGGUGACAAGUUGUCAAAGGGUACCAUUGGAGGAUGUGGUGUAAAGAAGGAGAGUACCAUUCACAUGAUCGUCAUCAAGGAGUUAAAGUUCACUGUUAGAUACAAAGAGAAUGAGUAUCCACUGGCCAUGCCAAACAAUGCCGGUCUUCAAAUCAGUCAUAUGAUUAGCCAAAUCAAGAACACAUUGAGGGAGUCAAUUCCACAACUGUCCAACUCAACGAUCGCUGUUCAUGUUCCAGGCAAUCCAGCACCAUUAUACAAUUAUACAUUGAUCCAGGAUCACUUUAAGAACUUUGAGGUGGUCGAGUUGUCAUUGGUCGAGAAGCCAGUCUACAAAACAGUAGAGCCUUACAUUCCUACUUAUGGGUCAAUGAAGAUGAAGGAUGCUCCAAGUCCUGUAACAUACAAGUCAUCAUCAGUUGAGUCAGCCCCAAUCAUUCAACAAGAGGAGGAGCAGUUUGAUGCCGAUGGUCUCCUUAGUAGCUUUGUGGAAUCCUCCAUCUCAUCUGAUGUUGAGGUCGUAUUCUGUUUCGAUACAACUGGAUCAAUGUCAUCAAUCAUUAAGAAUGUACGUACACAAGUGAAGAACACUGUUACAAGAUUGAUGAGGGACAUUCCAAACAUUCGUAUUGGUAUUAUGGGUCUUGGAGACUAUUGCGACAAGAAGGAUGUGUUGACAACAUUGGACUUGACUCAGAAUGUUGAGGACUUGGUGUCCUUUAUCAACAAGGUGCCAGACACUAAUGGUGGAGACUCACCGGAGGCCUACGAGUAUGCAUUAUAUCGUGCCAAGGAGUUGUCUUGGUCAACUCACACAUCCAAAGCAUUCGUUAUGAUUGGAGACGCCAAUCCACAUCCACCAUCAUACACUGACUUGAAGAUCAACUGGUUCAAGGAGUGUGAUGAUCUCCACAACAUGGGCAUCAAGGUCUAUGGUGUCAAGGCACUUGGACGUUGUGUCUUUUACGAUGAGAUUGCAGAGCGAACUGGAGGCAUCUGCAUUACAUUCAACAAGUUCAACCUCAUCACCGAGAUGUUCUUGGCCAUUUGUUACCGUGAGGCGUCAUCCAAGAAGUUCAAAGAGUACGAGAAGGAGAUUGCCAAGGAAGGCGAUUCAGACCUCAAGCAGAUCCUGAAUGACCUCAAUCAAGAGAACUUUACGGUCGAGAGCACUGUCCCAGCUCCAUCACCAGACACCGUUUGCCAAACCAAUCAGCGAAGAGUCCAAGGACGCUCCAACUACAUCCACCACCACAACGACAACAACAUCAACUACCACCUCUCCCACCUCCAAGGUUAUCUCAAAGGAUACUUCUUCAUUCCAGAGAUUGGAUACUUCAAGCACAAGAGAGAAUUGGAGAAGGAGGCCCAGACCAACACUUCCUCGAGCACAUACAGUUCAAGAUCCUCAACUGCAACAUCUAGUAGCUCAAUCGCCAGCUCACCAACUCCAUUACCAACUCCUACUCCAUCCACCUCAACACCUCCACCAGCUCCAGUAGUUGUUUAUACUCCACCACCACCUCCCGAGCCAUUGGUCCCAGUCACCAUUUUCAACUUCAACUACCAGAUCAGUUCGAUGCCAGUGACUUCACCAUACCUCUCUGCAAUGGUCAUUGGCGCUGAUAAAGUUGGAAAGACCACGUUCACAAGAUCCAUCUCAUUCGUUGCCAAGAACUAUAAGGGUAGCAUUCAAUUCAGAGAGAAGACACAUAUUACCGUGGACGAGUUCAGAGAUGCAUCAUGCUUUGUCAUCUGUCUGGAUAUGACCGAUGCCAAAUGCAUGGAGCAACUACCAUUGUUGUUGUCAAUGGUUAGACAGAGAGAGUUGACCAAACCAAUCUUUGUGGCUGGCCUUAAGAGCGAUGGAGUGGUCCCAAACUCGGUCCAAGUCAGCAUGCAAUCACUGGCAGCAGUAUACUCAGUGUUGGACAGCUUCACCUAUUCCCAAUACAUGAGCCACGAACAGAUCAAGGACAUUGAGUUGACAAUGCGUAAGAAGUUGCAACCAAGUGGAAAGGCUUCCAAGAAAGAAGGCGCAAGCUGCUCCAUAAUGUAA